CUCUCAGUUCUCUGCCAUUUGGCCCAUCUCAUAGCUCGGUUCAAGCUCUGCUUCGUCCUAUCGAGUGACGUCUAUUGCUCCGCUUUAUACUACAUCAAGUGCCUGCAAAUCACCCCUUAUCCGAAUAUGGCUACCGGUUCACCCUCGUCCAAGGCAUCGCUCGCGGCCAACCCAACGCCCAAUAUCGCAGCAGCAGAUGCAGUCCUGCACAUCGAAGGUAUCGCGCUAAUCGACGCCCCAUUACGAGAUGUCUGGGAUACUCUGCUGGAUACCUCAACCUGGCCAUCGUGGAACAAAUUCGCGCCCGCAGUCACUAUCCGCCAGCAGCCCGAUUCCGAUGCCAUGCAGGUUGUCUCCCCCGUCCUCCAAGAGGGGACGAAGUUGACUUUUCACGUGAAUAUGAACCCGGCCUCUUCCCAGCCACAGCCAAGACAGGAUGUGCCGUUGAUCGUGACCGAAUGGCAUCCUCCCACCUCCGACAAGAAACUCGGUCGGAUUGUGUGGGUCAUGGAUGCGACAGUUCAGGGGCGCAUCAUGGCCUCACUUCUAAAUGCAGAAAGGGUUCAUGAGCUUUCCGAGGUCGAGAUUCAGGACGCAGACGGACAGAUGAGGCGGAUGACUGAAGUGCGCACCUGGGAGGCACAGAUAGGAACCCUGGCAUAUGUGGUUCGCUGGAUGUACAAAGCGCGGCUAGCGGAAUGCUUUGACCUGUGGGUGCAGAACCUGAAAGAGUACGUCGAACUAGGUAGGCUCGUACCGCACCUGGAAUCGUACAUAUUUAACAUCCGAGCUUAAUUGAUCUCCUUGCUCGUCGAACGGUUGGGCAGGUACUGUUGCAUGCUUUAGCGUAAGCAGUAAUGGCCAUUGUCGCAGAGUCGAUGCUGGCUGUGGCGAUUCGCAGGGACCACGAAUAUCCGAGACCAGCCUUACAGGCUUACAGCCACAACUAG